UAUAAAUCUCCACCGCUCACAGCUUCUCAGUGGGGUUUGCUGACUUCCAACCCGAGGGGACUUCACUGUCAGCCCGGGCUAGCCCUCCAACCAGUGCCACCAGCCUCCAUUACCACUGGUCUCUGCAAACCGCCCCAAGCAACAAACAAAAAAAUGGCUCCUUUUGAGAAAUCCAUGGAGAUGAUGCCCUUCAAGCAAAGGAGAUGUCUUGAAACAAGAAAAGAUGAAGUGUGCAGCAUUCGCUCUAAAUUCCCCAACAAGUUACCUGUAAUUGUUGAACGUUACAUCCGUGAAAAGACUCUCCCCCUGUUGGACAAAACGAAGUUCCUGGUUCCCUUUGAGCUCACAUUGGGUCAGUUCCUCUGCCUGCUCAGGAAUAAGAUUGACUUGGAGUCUACACAGGCCCUGUUCCUCCUGGUGGCAGAGAGGAGCAUGUCCUGUAUGUCCUCCAGCAUGGGAGAGGUUUACUCUCGCCACAGCGACACAGACGGCUUCCUCUACAUCACCUACGCCUCGCAGGAGAUGUUCGGAGCAGCUCAGCCGGCCGCCAGCCCGCACUGCUGAGCGUGAGAAAGAAACUAAAUGAACUGAACCCAGACCGAUAGUGCAUGGUGACGCCACACAAACAAGCAAGGACAAACUGAGCCCAGCCAAGACUGAUUUGUCAACUUUAAUACCCACAAACUGCAUCUCAUUCUACCUCAUGAACCCUUCUGGACAUUUAAACACACACAAAAAUCACUUGGAAUCUCAAGAAACCAAGACUGGGCAUAUAGUAGGACAA